AUGGCUGCUCUUCACCGUAUGAGCACUCCCCUACUUAGCGAUCUGGUCGACAAGAACUACUUCCAUCUAUUCGACCUACCUAGUUUCCAGACUGCCAAGGCUCUGAACGUCGCCAUUCCUGGUGGUCCUCGUUUCGAGCCCCUGUACAAGGACAUUGACCCGAACGACGAAGACUUUGGCGAGUUCAACGCUAUCGACCGCAUCAUUUUCCGUGCCCCCAUCAAGACCGAGUACCGUGUCGACUUCCCUUUCCUUUACAACUCUCUUCCUCGCAGCGUCAAGCUCAGCACAUACUCACACCCUCAGACCGUGUACCAAAGGACAACGGAUCCCAGUCUCCCCGCAUUCUACUUUGAUCCGGUCAUUAAUCCUAUCUCUUCGAGAGCUGUCGCUCCUAAGAACUUGACCGUCAGUCAUGAAGACGAGAUCUUCGGCCCUGGAAACAACGAGGAUGAUGAGUUUGAGAUGCCUGGCGAGAUUGAGCCUUUCAUGUCCGACGAAGACCUCUACAAUGACGAGACUGCUGCAGCCAUCCAGCUGUGGUGGGCACCUUACCCCUUCGACCGCCGCUCAGGCAAGAUGGUUCGUGCUGAAGACGUCCCUCUCGUCAAGCAGUGGUACCUUGAGCACGUUCCUGGCGGUCAGCCCGUCAAGGUCCGAGUUUCUUACCAGAAGUUGCUCAAGAGUUACGUUCUUAACGAGUUGCACAAGAAGCCGCCAAAGGCUCAGAACAGGCAAAACCUGAUGAGCACUCUCAAGCAGACAAAGUUCUUCCAGCAGACCACCAUUGAUUGGGUUGAGGCGGGUCUUCAAGUCUGCAGACAGGGCUUCAACAUGCUCAACCUGUUGAUUCACCGCAAGAACUUGACCUACCUGCAUCUUGAUUACAACUUCAACUUGAAGCCCAUCAAGACUUUGACUACAAAGGAGCGUAAGAAGUCGCGCUUCGGUAACGCUUUCCAUUUGAUGCGUGAAAUCCUCCGUUUGACCAAGCUCAUUGUCGAUGCUCAAGUACAGUACAGACUUGGUAACAUUGAUGCUUUCCAGCUUGCCGAUGGUAUCUUGUAUGCCUUCAACCACGUUGGUCAGCUUACUGGUAUGUACCGUUACAAGUACAAGCUCAUGCACCAGAUCCGUACUUGCAAGGAUUUGAAGCAUUUGAUCUACUACAGAUUCAACUCUGGCCCCGUCGGUAAGGGUCCUGGUUGCGGUUUCUGGGCCCCUGCAUGGAGAGUUUGGCUCUUCUUCAUGAGAGGUAUCAUUCCUCUCCUUGAGCGCUGGCUGGGCAACCUUCUCUCGAGACAGUUCGAGGGUCGUCACAGCAAGGGUGUUGCUAAGACAGUCACCAAGCAGAGAGUCGAGUCUCACUUCGAUCUCGAGCUGCGUGCCUCGGUCAUGGCUGACUUGAUGGAUAUGAUGCCCGAGGGUAUCAAGCAGAACAAGGUCAACCUUGUCCUUUCACAUCUGUCAGAGGCUUGGAGAUGCUGGAAGUCCAACAUUCCUUGGAAGGUUCCUGGUCUACCUGCACCUAUUGAGAACAUCAUUCUCCGUUACGUCAAGAGCAAGGCCGACUGGUGGAUUUCCGUCGCUCACUACAAUCGUGAGCGUAUCCGAAGAGGUGCUACCGUCGACAAGACUGUCGCCAAGAAGAACCUUGGACGCCUGACUCGUUUGUGGUUGAAGGCUGAGCAGGAACGCCAGCACAACUACAUGAAGGAUGGUCCUUACGUCUCUUCCGAAGAGGCUGUCGCCAUCUACACCACUACUGUCCACUGGCUCGAAUCAAGAAAGUUCCAGCCUAUCCCCUUCCCUAGUGUUUCGUACAAGCACGACACCAAGAUUCUCAUUCUUGCUCUUGAGCGUUUGCGUGAAGCAUACUCAGUCAAGGGUCGUCUCAACCAGAGUCAGCGUGAGGAGUUGGCCCUUAUCGAACAGGCCUACGACUCUCCAGGAACCACUCUCGCACGUAUCAAGCGUUUCCUGCUUACUCAGCGUGCCUUCAAGGAGGUCGGCAUUGAUAUGAACGACAACUAUUCGACCAUUAAUCCAGUCUAUGAUAUUGAACCCAUUGAGAAGAUCACAGAUGCUUAUCUCGACCAGUACCUCUGGUACCAGGCAGAUCAGAGACAUCUCUUCCCUGCUUGGAUCAAGCCUUCAGACUCUGAGGUACCCCCUCUUCUUACCUACAAAUGGGCCCAAGGCAUCAACAAUCUGGACAAGGUCUGGGAGACUGCUGAUGGAGAGUGCAACGUCAUGAUCGAGACUCAGCUGUCCAAGGUGUACGAAAAGAUCGAUCUCACCCUGCUCAACCGUCUUCUUCGUUUGAUCAUGGACCACAACUUGGCAGAUUACAUCUCGUCCAAGAACAACGUCCAGCUGAACUAUAAGGACAUGAACCAUACCAACAGCUAUGGUAUGAUUCGUGGUCUCCAGUUCUCAGCUUUCGUCUUCCAAUACUACGGUCUGGUCAUCGAUCUAUUGCUGCUCGGUCUCCAACGCGCCAGUGAAAUAGCCGGACCCCCAGCCAUGCCUAAUGACUUUCUUCAAUUCCGAGACCGUGCUGCUGAAACUAGACAUCCCAUUCGUCUGUACACAAGAUAUGUUGACAGAAUUUGGGUCUUCUUCCGUUUCAGCGCAGACGAGUCUCGCGACCUGAUUCAACGCUUCUUGACCGAACAGCCAGACCCGAACUUCGAAAACGUCAUUGGUUACAAGAACAAGAAGUGCUGGCCUCGCGAUUCUCGCAUGAGGCUGAUGCGUCACGACGUCAACCUGGGUAGAGCCGUCUUCUGGGACAUGAAGAACCGUCUGCCUAGAUCGGUAACCACUAUCGAGUGGGACGACACCUUUGCCUCUGUCUACAGCAGAGACAACCCUAACCUUCUGUUCUCCAUGUGCGGUUUCGAGGUCCGCAUUCUGCCCAAGAUGCGCAACCAGAACGAAGAGUUCCCCACUAAGGACAGUGUCUGGUCUCUUGUCGACAACUCUACCAAGGAGAGAACAGCCCACGCUUUCUUGCAGGUCACCGAAGAGGACAUUGCCAAGUUCAACAACCGUAUUCGUCAAAUCUUGAUGUCUUCUGGAUCUACUACAUUCACGAAGAUUGCCAACAAGUGGAACACUGCGUUGAUUGCGCUCUUCACGUACUACCGUGAGGCUGCUGUCAGCACUGUCAACUUGCUGGAUACCAUCGUCAAGUGCGAAACCAAGAUUCAGACUCGCGUCAAGAUCGGUCUUAGUAAGUUUUUCAUAUCCAUCUCUAUUCUAAAAACAUACUAA